UCGGCAUGCAGAGAGCACUCCGCUCCGAGGCGCAACGCGAGAGACGCGGAUGCCGGUCGUGGGCACGUGGCAUUCGACUGUGACUCCAAGCCUCACUCGCAACGCAGCCCAGCCGAACGCUUUCUUCCAGCGCCAUCCCCAAAACCCCCCGAGUGAUUCAAGAAGCCAAGCGAGUGUGAUGGAUGCCUCGGCAAGCCGCUUGCAUCAAAACGGGGACUGUAGCGUGCAGCCGGAGGGGUUCCACGACUCGGGCUCCGAUGGCUUAUCCUACUACCCUGUACGCGCGCCUCCGCUGCGCGCUCAGCCCUCGUGCAUGCUGCGUCGGCCCACGGGGCCGCGCGACAAGGCCGGCCGCCGGCAGGCGGGCCGCAGCCCCGCGUACAUGUUCGGGGCUCGCGCCGCCAGCCUCACGGCCGACGAGGAGCGCUUCCUGGACGCGGCCGAGUACGGCAACAUCCCCGUGGUGCGGCGCAUGCUGGAGGGGCUCGGCGAGCGGCCCAUCAACGUGAACUGCGUCGACUACAUGGGCCAGAACGCGCUGCAGCUCGCCGUUGGCAACGAGCACCUGGAGGUGACCGAGCUGCUGCUCAAGCAGGAGGGGCUGGCGCGCGUCGGCGACGCGCUGCUGCUCGCCAUCAGCAAGGGGUACGUGCGCAUCGUGGAGGCCAUCCUGAGCAACCCGGCGUUCGCGGGCGGCCGCCGUCUGGCGCCGCGGCCCCGUGGGCAGCUGGACCCGAGCGACGACUUCUACGCGUACGACGAGGACGGCACGCGCUUCUCGCACGACGUGACGCCGCUCGUGCUGGCCGCGCACCGCCAGGAGUUCGAGGUGGUGCACAUCCUGCUGCGCAAGGGCGCGCGCAUCGAGCGGCCCCACGACUACUUCUGCGCGUGCGGCGAGUGCGCCGAGCGGCACCGCGCCGGCGACUCGUUCAGCCACUCGCGCUCGCGCAUCAACGCGUACCGGGGGCUGGCGAGCGCCGCGUACCUGUCGCUGUCCAGCGAGGACCCCGUGCUCGCCGCGCUCGAGCUCAGCGACGAGCUGGCCACGCUCGCCAACAUCGAGAAGGAGUUCAAGAACGACUACAAGAAGCUCUCGGGCCAGUGCAAGGACUUCGUGGUGGGGCUACUGGACCUGUGCCGCGACACGGAGGAGGUGGAGGCCAUCCUCAACGGCGUCGCCGCCACCACCACCGAGGCGGCCCAGGGGGGCCCGGCGACGUCGCUGCCCCUGCAGAGGAGCCGGCGGCAGUGGCGGCCCACACUCAGCCGCCUCAAGCUGUCCAUCAAGUUUGAGGUGAAGAAGUUUGUGGCGCACCCCAACUGUCAGCAGCAGCUGCUCUCCAUCUGGUACGAGGACGUCUCGGGGCUCCGGCAGCGCUCCGUGGGGGUCAAGUGCCUCGUGGUGCUGGGGGUGGCGCUGUGCAUGCCGCUCCUGGCGCUCGCCUACUGGGUGGCGCCGUGCAGCCGGCUGGGCCGGGUGCUGCGCAGCCCCUUCAUGAAGUUCGUGGCCCACGCCUGCUCCUUCUCCGUCUUCCUGGGCCUGCUGAUUGUCAACGCGUCCGACCGCUUCGAGGGAGCGCCCUUCCUGCCCAACGAGACGCGGACUGACCACCCCCGCCAGCUCUUCCGCGUCAAGACCACCACCUUCUCCUACACCGAGAUGCUCAUCCUCGCCUGGAUUCUCGGCAUGCUGUGGGCCGAGUGUAAGGAGCUGUGGACCGAGGGCCCAAAGGAGUACCUGCUGCAGCUGUGGAACCUGCUGGACUUCGCCAUGCUGGCCAUCUUCGUGGCGUCGUACACGGUGCGCUUUGUCGCGCUGCUCAAGGCCUCGAGGGCGCAGCUCUACGUGGACACGCAGGUCGUGGGGAGCCUCUCCGGCGCCCACCUCCCGGACGAGAUCGACUACUACACCCGGCCUAGAAGCCGCUGGGUGCCCUCUGACCCCCAGCUGAUCUCGGAGGGCCUCUACGCCAUUGCCAUCGUGCUGAGCUUCUCGCGCAUCGCCUACAUCCUCCCGGCCAACGAGAGUCUGGGCCCUCUGCAGAUCUCCCUGGGGCGCACCGUGAAGGACAUCCUCAAGUUCAUGGUCAUCUUCAUCAUGGUGUUCGUGGCCUUCAUGAUCGGCAUGUUCAACCUCUACUCCUACUACCGCGACGCCAAGUGCAACCAGGCCUUCGUCACGGUGGAGGAGAGCUUUAAGACCCUCUUCUGGUCCAUUUUUGGCCUCUCGGGUGUGGACUCGGUGGUCAUCAAGUACAACCACAAGUUCAUCGAGAACACGGGCUACGUGCUCUUCGGCAUCUACAACGUCACCAUGGUGGUGGUGCUGCUCAACAUGCUCAUCGCCAUGAUCAACAGCUCCUACCAGGAGAUCGAGGACGACGCCGACGUCGAGUGGAAGUUUGCGCGUGCCAAGCUGUGGAUCUCGUACUUCGAGGAGGGCCGCACGCUGCCCGUGCCCUUCAACCUCGUGCCCAGCCCCAAGUCGCUGCUCUACGGCCUGCAGCGCCUGUCCCGCUGCGCCACUCGGCUCGCCGGCCUCCGCCGGGGCGGCCGGUGGGCGGCCGACGUCGAGGAGCAGAGCCAGGGUCCCAGCGUCCCGAGCAUCGGCACCAGCAGAGGCAACAGCAUCUCGAGCCAGCCCAGCCGCUACCAGAAAAUCAUGCGGCGCCUAAAAAGAUACAUCCUCAAGGCCCAGUCGGACAAGGAGAACGACGAGGUCAACGAAGGCGAGCUCAAGGACAUCAAGCAGGACAUCUCCAGCCUCCGCUACGAGCUUCUAGAGGAAAAAUCCCACAACACCGAAGACCUGGCGACCAUCAUCAGGCAGCUGAGCGACAGGUGGAGCUCACACCCGCGGACUCCUGAAGCUGCAGGGGCAGCAAAAGCGGCGAAUGUGAGAGUGGGCUUCAACGUGCCCCCUCCGCCAGCGACAACUUAGAGGGGAGCUCCCGCUCUCGCCGACGCUCCCACCCCUCCUACGGAACUUUAGAAUCCGGUCCGCCACCACGGACGGACGCCCGCCCGCUUCCCGCGGGAAGCCCAGUUACCGGCCGCGGCGCCGCGCAGAACGUUCAAAAGGUUACGCGGGCGGUCCGGGCGAUGGGCGCACGUGUGCGGACCGGAGCGGGCGGCGCAAAGGGAUGACGCGGGCCCAGCCCGGCGACGAUGAGCGAGCGUCUCUGGAGCAGCGCCGCGGCGCGUGCGGGGAGGAGGAUGCGAGGAGCUGCGGCCACGCGAGCGCCGGCUCGGCGGAGGUCAUGCUCCGACGUUAUUGCUGCCUUUGCCGCGUCGCCAGGGACGGAAGCAAGCGCUGGUUCAUCGUUCCGUUCUCGCGGAACGGGGCGUCCCCUUUGUGAACCGCUGAAUCUCCGCUGCCUUUUCCCCUGGAGAGCAAUUUAGACGCCUGGGAGGAGAGAUUUCGCCGGCAGCCUUCGAGAUGAACGCCGGUGCUGCGCUCGGUUGGAAAUGUUUUUCAAGACCCAAUUUUAGGAUAUUUCAAGUUGAAUGUAUUCACCGCGGUCCUCUCUCGGCACACGAGGCUGCUGGGAUUCAUUGGGAAAGAGGUGGCAGAUGGAGAGUCCACGGGUGGUUUAUAGUGACCGGGGGGUGCGAUUUGUAACGUUUAUAGUGGUGGGGUGGGGGGUGGGUGGGGGAUGAUUUAGUUUGGCCGGUUCCAUGAAUCUGGUCAGGUGGCUAAGCGGUUGAGCGAGCGCCUCGCGCUCAGAAGGUUGCGGGUUCAAAUCCUGGUUGGGGGAGUUGACUGGGCCCAUCGUUCCACUUGUGGGAAUGUCAACGGUAGUUGUCCUAUGGAUCGACUUGCCCCCACCAUAGAAAGAUGGAGUAUCCACCAAUGGCGUAGGGCUUUAGACAGGAGUCGAGUACCACCUCAAUGCUCAUUUGAGCAAAAAGUUACCGUGACUUUGAAUUCCAUUAAUGAGUGCUUGGCUUAUUGUGGUGAGAGGAGAUCGGAGAACACCCUCCACGCAUCGCCACGCGUAGCACUCAAAACUCCACGGAGUUAGAUUCAAGAACCCAUUGGCACACUCGCAUCUCCCGACCAACUUGCAGCCAGUCCUAAUCAGUCUCCCGUUCAAGUACUGACCUGGAUCAACCCUGACAUCGCCAAUGCAACAUUUUUAUCUGCCGGGAGGGACACAUUUAUCUUCUCUGUGGGCGACAAUCAAAAUAGCAAUCGCGAGAAUAAAAUAACCCUUCCCCUUCCCCCCCCCGACAUGAAAUAAUCGCACCCUGGUCAACUGUGCUGCUCUUCGUGAGCGGGUUGCCAGAGACCGUUAACGCUGAGAGGCACAUACUCAAUCGCGAGGCAGGAAUGAGUUCACCGUUCGCGGAGGACAAAUUGCUCGUUUAAAAACCCAGCAACCUCAAGGGUCACUCUCGCGAUGGCCUCGGCGCGUCGUGCGGGUCUCGGGGGUUGUUUGGGCCAUGCUUCACCACCCUGGCUCACGCGGUGAAUACAGCACAGCAGCACUGCCCUCUGCUGACAACGCAGGCCCACAGCAGCCUACAGUACCUGUUUUAAACCAUCCAGGCACUAUCCAGGCUUCACCCUGCUUAGCCUCCCAAGAUCUGACACGAUCGGGUGCAUUUCUGGUGAUCAGUACUGCCGUGUUGUCGACUGGAACGAUAUUACGCUGAAAUGCUAUUGGUAUAUUUGUCCUUUUAAAAAAAUAUUUUUGUGUUUUUGGCAGUGAGGUUGAUUUGUCGUGCCCAUGAAAUCAGCUCCGUGGACCAUGUAAGAUGCACCCCCAGUGGGCCCGGUUUGAGAGCGCAAAGGGGUCCUGCGGUCCAACUCUGCCCAAGUGCCACUGCUCAUGUGUUCACGAAUCAAUGGCAGAAUUGAAAUUCCGGGUGAUCCAUUUACAGCCACCCCCCCCUCCCACUGAUUUCUAAUCACCCCCUCCACCCUUCGUGCUUCUUCUCAACCGAUGAUGGAAUAUUGUGUAUACGAUGAAAGCGAUGGCUCCACAUCUUACAGAGGAGCAAGUGCUAAAAGAUGUAAUGGGUGUAAUGAGAUUGGUGGGAGACACGUGGAGGCUUUGGUUUAAAACGUGAUCUUCUCUAUAUUUUUCCCACAGUGGGGUAUCUCUAUAUGGAUUGGUACAUUGCAGGAUUUAAAGACAAUAUCUUUGGGAUGCCUUCAUCCAGCUGUGGAUGAAACAUGGCUGAUGAUCGAUAUAUAUAUGGAGGACACUAUAUUAUUAAGUGGCAAACAUGCAUAUAUAUAAUUAAUGUCAUUUUAACCAUCAUCCGAGAGGGCAAUUGUGAAUUACAAUUUUUAAACCGUAAUAUGUAAAUAUAUAUUUUUAAUAUACAGGACUAGAAUUGGUCAAAUGUCACGUGUUUUAUUUAAAGGGGCCGAAUGGCCUUUUGCAUCUUUUAUUUUGUGAAUUAUAUCUCUGCUGCCAGUGGGAUCCAGUGUCAAGCACUCUGCGCACGCAUUCCGAGCCGUCAUUAUAGACACACAGACAAAGACAAAUAUCCCCCGUGUAGCCUUAACAGACUGUAGGGGCAAGUGCUGUUAGCGAGCACCUAGUGAAGGCCGGCACGACACACGAGGGGGCGGGUGGCCAACACCGCGCACGACCGCCUUUGUCUCCCCAGUGGCGAUGUUUACACACCGCACCAGGCACUCAUUUGAGGCCGAGUCGACAUAGAGGAGGCCCAGG